CAGACGUCUUUGUAGGUGUCUUUUACCUCCCCAGCCAUGGCUCGUACCAAGCAGACUGCUCGCAAAUCCACCGGUGGCAAAGCACCUCGUAAGCAGCUCGCCACCAAGGCUGCCCGCAAAAGCGCUCCGGCCACCGGCGGCGUGAAGAAGCCCCACCGCUACCGGCCUGGCACCGUGGCCCUGCGCGAGAUCCGCCGCUACCAGAAGUCAACCGAGCUGCUAAUCCGCAAGCUGCCUUUCCAGCGCCUGGUGCGUGAGAUCGCGCAGGACUUCAAGACCGAUUUGCGUUUCCAGAGCUCCGCUGUGAUGGCGCUGCAGGAGGCCUGCGAGGCCUACCUGGUGGGCCUGUUUGAGGACACCAACCUGUGCGCCAUCCUAGCUAUGUCUGGCCGUGGCAAAGGCGGUAAGGGUUUGGGUAAAGGCGGCGCCAAGCGCCACCGGAAAGUGCUCCGGGAUAACAUCCAGGGCAUUACCAAACCUGCCAUUCGGCGCCUGGCGAGACGUGGCGGUGUCAAGCGCAUUUCUGGCCUGAUCUAUGAGGAGACGCGCGGGGUCCUUAAAGUUUUCCUGGAGAAUGUAAUUCGGGACGCCGUCACCUACACGGAGCACGCCAAGCGCAAGACCGUGACAGCCAUGGAUGUUGUCUAUGCCCUCAAGCGUCAAGGGCGCACUCUCUACGGUUUCGGCGGCUAAGAUCUUCCCCUUCGAAUUCCUCCCUAAUGGCCCUUUUCAGGGCCGCCCAUAUCUUCUUAG